GAGAGAGAGAGAGAGAGAGAGAGAGAAACAGAGAGCGACGUGCAAGAAAAACAGAGCAAUGGAAGGGUUGACCCACAACGAAAAUAGUAAUGUUUCGAGCGAGGAUGGUGAUCAAUUCCCAAAGGGUUUAAGGGUUCUUGUGGUUGACGACGACAUCACCUGUCUCCACCUUCUGGAGAAGAUGCUUCAACGUUGCUCGUACCAAGUGACCAAGUGCCAGCGAGGAGAGGAUGCGCUGUCCAUGAUUCGAGAGAGGAAGGGCUGGUUCGAUAUUGUCUUGACCGAUGUUCACAUGCCUGGCAUGGAUGGAGUUCAGCUUCUCGCCGAGAUUGGUAACAUGGGGAUAACCUUGCCUGUAGUCUUGUUUUCAUGCGAUGCUGAAAAGGACACUGUCCUGAAAGGAGUGAACAGCGGGGCUUGCGACUUUCUAGUGAAGCCAAUUCAAAUCAGCACCCUCACGAUCCUAUGGCAACAUGUGCUACGGAGCAACCGAAGGUCAAGCAACAAUUCUAUUAAAGAAUUGGAGACACUGCAUGCCCUGACCACAUCUUCAUCUAUCGACACCCGUGCUCAGGCGGAGAAUGAGGAAGAAGAGAAUUCUAAAAGCUUGAAAAGGAGCAGCGAAGAUGAAGUCGAUCAUGGCCAGAGCCAAAGCAGGGUGAAGAAACCCCGCAUGGUAUGGACACCUGAGCUGAACCAGAUGUUCAUCAUGGCCGUCAACAGUCUCGGAAACGACGAUGCCAAACCCAAGAAAAUAUUGCAGAUUAUGAGGAAAAUGGCUGGUGUUCCUCAUCUCACUAGGCAAAAUGUCUCCAGCCACCUUCAGAAAUACCGCACGGGCUCUAAGAAGAUAGGGGAAGCCUCGGAGCAUCAAAGUGCACAUUCUUCUCUCCUUGACAGCCCUGGCUUUGCCAAUCCGGCUCAUUCCGCUCCACCGUCAUCAUCAUUAAUCGGGUACCAAAUGGGGCUCCAAUCACAACCGAUUGCCCCGUUGCAGCAGCCGAACCCAAUCCAAAGCUGCGGUCGCCAACAGCAAAUGACUGAAUCGGGUCAAUGCCGAUCGUAUGCUCAUGAGCCAUUCGUUGGGUUCACCUCGCCAAUGAAUAACAGCACACACCCUCCUCAUGAUCAAACGUAUUUAACUCAGAAUAUCUUUGACGAUCUUGGCUUUUGGGAAGACGGUGCCUUUCUUGACAGCUACAUCCAUGACAUCGGCGCCAUGUAGAACCUAAAGAUUAAUCUUCCUGCAGCGGCAUAUUUCUGUUGAUAAUCUGCACAGAUGAGCUUGACUCUGUUAUUUUGUACUGUUAUUGAAACGAUGGCUAACUAUAAAUAUUUAAUUAAAACCG